UUAAAAUGAUACCCCUACUCUGUUAUAAGUUGAAUCCUCUAAAUCCAGGGCAAUGUUGAUAACCCUAUCUCCACUUGGUAACCUGUCCCGGUACAUCCGCCAUCUUGACAAAGUUCCAGUCCACGAGACAGCACUACUUCUUAUUGAUGGUAACUCAGUGUGUUGUAGCGGCGCUAUUCUAGCUGCUCGUAGUCCUGUUUUAGAGAAGGUACUGAAACAGAACUAUGAGAUUGUGUUGGACGGGUUUCAGGACAUGAUCCCACAAUUAAACCAGUGUCUAGAAGUGCUCUAUGGAGGGGCCGUGUCCAUGACUCACGACAACGUUAUCGCCUUCCUAAAGUUCGGAAUUACAUUCCAGAUUGAUGAGCUUGUUAGCCCCUGCUGCGUGUGGCUGCAGGAAAAGGGUCUUUACCAAGAGAUUGGGCUGCUCCUUGUCCAUGACAUUGAGAAAAGAUUGAAAUUGUUGGACAAACUAGUCCCUAGAGUACGUCAGCACUCAGCCGGGUCCGCUGGCUCAUCUCUCUCUAGUCGGUCUGGUAGUCAGGAAUAUGAUCCUCCCUCACCUGAUCCUUGUUCCCCAGACCCUGACUGUUCACCUCCUUUCUCCAGUCUACUCUCUCCACUGCAUCUCUUAGAUCAUCCUGUUUUGAACGAGGAGCGAUGGUCUAAAGCUCCUAAAUUAAAUCUGGGUUCCUCCAGUUCAUCCACACGUCCAAAAGUAUCGGGAGAUGCGUGUCUCGUUCCUCUGAUGAGUAAAAUGAGAAGCGAUGAUGACAAAGAAUGGAAACCAAACUCACGGCCUCUAAAGGGAAGAAUUGGCUUUAAAAGUAGUCAUGAUGAAAACAGAGAAGAGAAGGGGCGAUACCAGAUUCUAUAGGACAGUCCCUCAACAGCCUCGAAUCCUUCGACAAGUUCCCUGCUUUGCAGAAAGGGUGGAAGAUGGCUCCGACCAAAAAGAAGAAUAAGCCUGCCCCUCCAAAGCUGGCUUCUGUUGUGGUGAACCCUGCUGCACAGUCCUAUCCUAACCUGAGCCAGUGGGCAGAGUUCUCGUUAUCUGAUAUUGAGGGUUUGUGUAGCUCUAAGUGCGUGUACCCAGAGUUCGUUAAGUUGGAAGUGGUAAUUGGUUGGGUUACUGGCAGUAAAAACACUAUAUCUGGUUCUUGGCAAGGUCUUCUUAACCAGCUCCUGAUAGAUAUGGAUCCUCUUCAGUUGUCAGACAGAUAUUUGUCUAUGAUUGAGGAGCAUUUGUCGAAAUCAUUUGGCUUGAACUUGCCACGAAAUUUUGCCAACAAUAUCGGGAACCCGUACGAUGACGAGAAGCCCGGAUCAGUGUCAAAGUUUACUGCCCUGCAGUGGUCUGUCUCCCUCCCAGAUGAUUUAAGCAAGAUCCGCUCCCAGAACUACUUGAGCUUCUUCGCCAAUUGUGAGUUGUGCCAGAAAAAGGGUAAACAAGAGGUGGUCCUGAGACUGGUCAACAAGACCCCUUGCUACGACCUCAAGACAGAGAGUUUUAGGAAGGUUGUUCCCCGACCUGGGUUGAGGUUACCUGAACAUUACCACUCCAACUCUGUCUUCCACUGGUUCAUACGGGUCAAAACCAGCAUGAGGUUCACUGCGUUAGUGUCCCUAAUCACCACCGACUUCAAGGAUAUAGUUACGCUAGUUAAGAUAGACAACAAAUUCAAGGUUGUUUGUUUGCAGAUCAACAAGUAAUUCCGAUCAAUGAAUCAUUGAAUGAUUAUCUGUCAGGACACUAUCAAUCUUACCACGUCAGCAGCUAUUUUUAACCAUGACAAUGCAAUUAAUGUUAAUGCUAUAAUUAGCGAGUUUUAAAGUUUUUAUCAAUUUUGUUAUUUUAUCAAAUUAAUCACACGUCCCCCAUUGUGGAGUGCUUUAUAAGCAUUUAUUUAAAUUGUUCAAAGCUUCAUUUCGCCAUUGAUGACUCGAUGCUUUAUUGGCAUUUUAUCGCAUGCUAAUUAAUCUUAUUCAGCUUUCUGAUAUUUACAUUCUAUGACACCAACCACCAACGAGUGAAUUAAAUCAAUUUAUCAAUAGUGUUACCCCUUUUAUACUUACCUUACUCUUAGCGUUCUCGGUCUUCUAAUUUUUAACCAAGGUAACCGUUUUUUAAUGAAAGCACAUGCUAUUUUGAAUUUUGUUUUUUAAUCAAAUAAAGGAACACUUAUCGAAUAAAUUUCUAUUCAGUUGUUUCAGAAUUGAAAUCUUAUUUUAUCGUUUGAAUUUUAAUCAGUUACUUCAACUAACAAAAUAUUAAAUUUUGACCUUAUUUUUAUUAUGUUAUUCCAUAUUCCGAAUAAAAUAAACUUUUUUUCAAAUACAAUA